UUCAGUUAUACUGUUUAUAUUGUUUUGACAUAUGCUUUUUCCAUUUAAUAUAGUGUAGACAUCUGCUAUUUUUUCAACUGUAUAUAGUCCAUUGUUUGAAAGUGUCAUUGUUUAUUUAACCAAUCCCUUAUUGAUGGAGAUUUCUGUUUUUUUUUUUUUCCCUUGGCUGCGCCAUGCGGCUCGCAGGAUCUUAAUUCCCCAGCCAGGGAUCAAACCUGGGCCCUCGGCAGUGGAAGUGCGGUGCACUAACCACUGGGAAGCCAGGGGAUUCCCUGGAUUUCUGUUUUAUUACUGUUGCACCAACUAGAUAAAUUCUAGUUACUGCAUAAGACAAGGCACGUGUUUUAAAAUGUGAUGUUGCUAAGUUUCCUUCCAAAAAGGUUUUACUCAAAUUACCACCUGUUGCCUACAUAAUUCACCAACCUUAGGUAUUAUCACUCUGAUUUUUGCUAUUCAUGGACGAAAAAAUACAGUUAUUUUAAUAUGCGUUCUUUGAUGACCAGUGGAGCUGAGCCGAUUCCUGAGGGCAGAUCGCGUAUGCAUGGCUCAGAGAGGGCUCGAGGCUGGGGUGCUCUCUAAGAGUUCUUGAUGGUGUGUUUGGGAAAAGGGAAGAAAAAACUUUUAAGCUGGUUGGUUUGUAUGGCCUUGUUCACAUCCUUAUUUUUAGUUUUCAGAGAACUUUCCAGUGGCAAAUGCUGCCAGAAUAAUGGAACUCGUCCCCUGACGUGGUGGGAGAGGUCUUUGGCAGAGACGUCUGUCCUUUAACGAAAGGGGUUGUAGACUCUGUUGUAUCUAGACUACGGCCAGAUCACAGCCUGGGUGAGCAGAGGCCUUCAGCCCUCUGCAGGCCUCUACUUAGUGUUUGUCCCAGGAGGAGAGGGCUCGCAGGUACGUGCUCUGCGAUAGCUCGCAGUUGCCGUGUGUGGAAACCACUCCGGAAGACUCAGGGGCCUGCUCGUCCCAAGCAGCCUCUUUACAGCAGGCUGGUCGUGGCUUUUGUAAGCAAAUAAUUACUGGUUUAUGGUGUUGUAAGUGAGUGUUGGCCAUGUUAGAUCGGCUUUCUUAAAUUGUUUUUCCAGAGUGUAUGAGAUUGUUGUAUGAGUGUUAUCCCACAGUUCAAGUUGGUUUACUGUUCCCCCACCCCCGUUUUUAAAGGAACUCCAUGAGGGCAGAUACUCUAUCUACAAGCAAUAUAAAAAACCGAAUUGGUAACAAAUUAACACCUGAGAAAUUUGCAGAUGUCCGACAUUUGUUAGAUGAAAAACGUCAACACACACGUCCACGGCCACCUGGCAGCAGUACUAAAACAGAUAUACGCCAGCGAUUAGGAAAAAGACCACAUUCUCCGGAAAAGGCUUUUAGUAGUAACCCAGUUGUUCGCAGAGAGCCCUUUUCUGAUGUACAUAGUAGGCUAGGUGUUCCCAGGCAAGAUGUUAAAGGCCUCUACUCUGAUACUCGGGAGAAGAAAUCAGGUAGUUUAUGGACUCGCUUAGGAUCUGCACCCAAGACCAAAGAAAAGAACACGAAGAAAGUGGAUCACAGGGCGCCCGGCACAGAGGAAGAUGACUCCGAGCUGCAAAGGGCGUGGGGGGCUCUGAUUAAGGAGAAAGAACAGUCUCGCCAAAAGAAGAGCCGCUGUUACCAGCACCCUUUUCCCAAGAAAAGUCAAUUCCCAGGUGCUUAUUGGACAGCCUUCGAGGGGGAAGAUGAGGCAAGCUGCCAGCUCACCCUUCCAGGAUCCUAGUGUGGGGGCCGAGUCUCAUGGACCUGACCUCAGAGGUGCACCCGUGCCGCCCAGGUAGAUAAGAGCCGCAGCGUCGAUCGCCCUUCGUUCCUCCCUGGGGAUUUCUGUUAGGGGGCCUUGUUAGCGAUCAGCUUGAAGUGAAGAUCAAGUUCAGUGCUGUGGGAUUUUUAGGAACAAAAAACUGUGACUUUGGGAUUUGGGGUGGAUUUUUGUGCUAGGGGUGGGGUCAUGGGUUAAUGUUGAACAAUUUUUAAAUCUGUAUUAUGUUUAAAAAAAUAAUGAUUUAAAAGUU